AUGAAUAGUACAGGGAUGGCCAACCCGCGGCCCGCCUUGAAAAGUUUUGCGGCCCGCGUUAUUUAUCAAAUAUUUACAAAAAAAAAAAUCAUUUUUGCGCCGAUAGAAUAUUCAAAACAUAUCGAUAGCAUUAAAUAUGCUCAAGAAAUAAGGAAACUUAUAGCUGCUUUUGAAAGUCGUUUCACUAAUUUAGACAAAUACAAGACAAUAUUUGAAAUAUAUUCAUCUCCUUUGAAUACUUAUGUCAAUUUGGCCCUAGAAUAUCUUCAAAUGGAAUUCAUUGACUUACAAUGCAAUAAUGAAUCAAAACACAUUUUUGAAAUAUCAAAAUCAAAAAUAGAUUUAUAUAAUAUUAAUAUCACAAAAGAAAAAUUUCCCAAUUUGAGAAAUCGGGCACAAAAAGUUGUGAGUGCUUUUGGAUCGACUUACACGUGUGAAUAG